AGCGGUCAUGGUUGGAAUCGUAGUAAUGCCCAGAACAAAGGACAACGGCGGGCACACUUUAUAGAGCAGGUCUGAUCAGUCAGGUAGAAUGCCGGAUGUUUCCUGUACUGCAGCUCUAAGUUUUACAGUGACAUUUGAAGUCAACUUUGACCAUUUUCAGAUUCUGCGGGCCAUUGGCAAAGGGAGUUUUGGAAAGGUAUGCAUCGUGCAGAAGCGAGACACGAAGAAAAUGUACGCAAUGAAGUACAUGAACAAGCAGAAAUGCAUCGAGAGGGACGAGGUUCGGAACGUGUUCCGGGAACUCCAGAUCAUGCAGGGGCUGGAGCACCCUUUCUUGGUCAACCUGUGGUACUCCUUCCAGGACGAGGAGGACAUGUUCAUGGUGGUGGACCUGCUCCUGGGCGGGGACCUGCGCUACCACCUGCAGCAGAACGUCCACUUCACCGAGGGGGCAGUGAAGCUGUACAUUUGUGAGCUGGCGCUGGCCCUGGAGUACCUGCAGAGGUUCCAUAUCAUCCACAGAGACAUCAAGCCAGACAACAUCUUGCUGGAUGAACAUGGACAUGUUCACAUCACAGAUUUCAACAUAGCGACGAUCGUGAAAGGAGCAGAAAAGGCUUCCUCCAUGGCCGGGACCAAGCCCUACAUGGCCCCGGAAGUGUUCCAGGUGUAUGUGGACGGAGGCCCCGGCUACUCGUACCCCGUCGACUGGUGGUCCCUGGGUGUCACGGCCUAUGAGCUGCUGCGGGGCUGGAGACCGUAUGAAAUCCACUCGGCCACACCCAUUGAUGAGAUCCUCCACAUGUUCAAGGUGGAGCGCGUCCACUACUCCUCCACGUGGUGCAAAGGCAUGGUGGCACUGCUGAAGAAGCUCCUGACCAAGGACCCUGAGAGCCGCCUGUCCAGCCUCGGUGACGUUCAGAGCGCACCCUACUUGGCCGACAUGAACUGGGACGCUGUGUUCGAGAAGGCGCUGACGCCCGGCUUUGUGCCUAAUAAGGGGAGAUUGAACUGUGAUCCCACAUUUGAACUUGAAGAAAUGAUCCUCGAAUCCAAGCCUCUUCACAAAAAGAAGAAGAGGUUGGCGAAGAACAGGUCCAAAGACGGCACGAAGGACAGCUGUCCUCUGAAUGGACACCUCCAGCAGUGCUUGGAGACUGUGCGGAAGGAAUUCAUCAUAUUCAACAGAGAGAAGUAAGUCCUCCACCAGCAUCUGCUGGACAGAGCCCUCCCAGAUGGCAGCAUGUCUCCCCGGGAGAAUGGUGGUCCCUGGCCCCCCGCGAUGCCAGCCAUGGUGCGGGAAGGGAAGCAGCAGGUGGCCCCGUGUUCUAAUCCUGCCUCUGCCAUGCGAGCCAGACACCACCUUCAUCCCCUGGACCUCGGGGUCUUCAUGCAAAGUGGGGUAGCCAUGGCAGGACCGGGCCGGCCCACAGGGAAGCCGGCGCAG